AUGGCGGAGGCAUUAUCAUCAACCUUUGAUUCCAGUUGGGCAUGGCUCCCAAGCGACGUUCUAGAUUUUAUACUAGAUAAGUUGAUACCAAUCUAUGAAGAUGUCACCCGAAGAGCACUCAUUUUGGAUACUCUUCAAGUUAGGAUCGUUAAUGUAAUGUCACAAUCAAGCAUGUAUGAAGGUAAUGACAUAGGAGAAGAAAAAGUUGAUGACAAAGAAAUAGAUGAAGACAAAAUAGAUGAAGAAGAAUUGGAUGAAGGAUUUUAUGAAACCAAUAAUAUUUUAGUUAUGGCAAUUUACGCAGUAAUACAUGUGCUAAAUCAGUUUCUGAUUAUGAUGGAUGGAGAACAAAUUGAGCCUCCACUAACUCAACGACGAAUUAUUAGCAUUGGAUAUGAGUAUAUACAUCAAGGAUUGAAUGAUGAUCCUGCAAUCUUGAAUUCAAUAGCAUCUGAUUAUGGCCAAACCAGGACCGAUUGUGCCCCCUAA